AUGGAGGUGGAGYAUUACRYUGGUGUAAKGKGAGUAGCARGCAGCUCAGACAGRGAUGAGGAAUCCAUUUCCAAGCYUCUUAAAGARYUAGCAGAUAGCGAUGAGUCUGACAGUGAGGAUGAAGAGCUGGACUGGACCAGGGUUCAGGAGGUUUUGGAUGUGGUUAAUGCUCCAACUUCCAGCGAUGAGUUCCCUGGAUUCACAGACCCAUGGGUUUCGGAUACUGUUUCGCAGGAUGCAGCUCGGAGUGCAGACUGGCAGCAGUGGAGAGAACGCAGUUCACCUGUGGAACUAGAGGCACCUGGAGUUCUUUUUUUUCUGUCUCAGUUUGAAGUUCUGAAGAAAUAUCUAGAAGAUGGUGGGGAUAUUUUGGUUAUGCUUGGAGAAGGUGGUGAAUCACGAUACGAUACCAAUAUAAACUUUUUAUUGGAAGAGUAUGGAAUCAUGGUGAACAAUGAUUCUGUGGUGAGGAAUGUGUAUUAUAAAUACUUCCAUCCUAAAGAAGCCCUGGUGUCCAAUGGAGUUUUAAAUCGGGAAAUCAGCAGAGCUGCAGGAAAAACUGUAUCUGGGUUAAUAGAUGAAGAUAACAGUGGAAAUGAUGCACAAGCUCUCACUUUUGUGUAUCCAUUUGGUGCUACACUAAAUGUGAUGAAACCAGCAGUGGCUGUUCUGUCCACAGGAUCUGUCUGUUUUCCUCUAAACAGACCCAUCUUGGCUUUUUAUCAUUAUAAGGUAACUAUUGCAUGAAAAAAAUGUUUUGUG